UUUAAAUGAGGCUCCAUUCAAAGCCUAAAACAGGAAUUGGAAAAUUAGAAAAAUCACUAAGCACGUUUUUUUGUACAGUGAUGAAUGAAAGAGUAGAGAUUGCAGAGAUAGCACAAUUCCCACUUCCAUUGAAAUCUGGCGUAAUUCAAGAGUGAGGGAGAAAAGUGUGAAGGGAUCCACCAAUUUGUUCCUCAACCGGGUUUCUUUGGCGUUGAUUGAACUCUGUAUAUAGCUGGCUUUCGACCAUACCCCAACAUGCCAUCACGGUAAUGCGCUUCUCACGCUUCUCUGCUUAUUCUUUCUCGUUUUUCUCCCCUCUCUAAUCUUCCCUCGCCGAGAAAAAAAAAACUUUUGAUUUGUUCAAAAGUCAAAACUUUAUGGUCUUUGAACGGUACGAGCUUUGUUGGUUUUGUGGGGAGCUGAUUUUCCCUCGUUAUUUGAUGUGAUCUCGAGCUUGCUUUGGUGUUUUGAUCUGUUGUUUGAGAUGGGUUGUGAUUAGUUCUCCCAAUAAAGAAGGAAGGGUGCCCCAUGUAAUAGAUAAAUUAGAAUAGUGUGACACGUUUCUUUUGAUUUGGUUUUGCCGUGAAAAAGUGAGGUUUUUGAUGCGUAUGAGGUGUUUGUGAGAUUUGAUUAUGUGUGAAGGAACGCAAGUACUGAGAAUCUAAACUUGAUUGGGAGAGAGCAGAGGAAAAACCAUGCAGUCUAGGUUGGAGGAAGGGAAGGACCCUGCUGCGUUGAGAACUACUCCUUCUAGGCCCUUCCCUUUGAGACUUCUUCAGUUCUUUGUGCUCUUUUUGGUUAUUGGUAUUGGUGCUUCGCUUCUUAGCAUGUACAUGAUUAGGCAUUUUGGUAUUCAUAAUGUGGGUUUGGUACAGUCUGCGUUUAAGCCUUGCUUUGAGCAGCCGGUAACCAUAGAAAGUUGGAUUAGGCCUCCAUCCAGUUUGAGGCAUGCCAUGAAUGACACUGAACUCUUCUGGCGUGCUUCUUUUGUUCCAAGGACAAAUGGUUAUCCUUUUAAAAGAACUCCCAAGAUUGCCUUCAUGUUCUUGACCAAGGGACCCUUGCCAAUGGCACCACUAUGGGAGAAGUUCUUCAAAGGGCAUGAGAAGCUUUAUUCUAUUUAUGUUCAUUCGCUGCCGUCUUAUAAUGCUGACUUUCCACCAUCAUCAGUUUUUUACAGGAGACAAAUUCCAAGCCAGGUGGCAGAGUGGGGAAUGAUGAGUAUGUGCGAUGCUGAAAGAAGACUUCUGGCUAAUGCAUUGCUUGAUAUCUCAAAUGAAUGGUUUAUCCUCCUAUCGGAGUCCUGCAUUCCUCUCCAGAACUUCAGUAUUGUAUACCGUUACAUAUCACGCUCGAGAUAUAGCUUUAUGGGUGCAUUUGAUGAACCUGGUCCUUAUGGGAGAGGACGAUAUGAUGAAAACAUGGCACCCGAGAUCAACAUGAGUGACUGGCGUAAGGGGUCUCAGUGGUUUGAAAUUAGCCGAGAACUAGCUGUUAGGAUAGUUGAAGACAGCACUUACUAUCCUAAGCUCAAAGAAUUCUGCAUACCACACAAAUGCUAUGUGGAUGAGCACUAUUUCCAGACAAUGUUGACAAUUAAUACACCUCAUCUUUUGGCAAACAGAAGCCUCACUUAUGUGGAUUGGUCAAGGGGUGGUGCUCAUCCAGCUACCUUUGGGAAGAAUGACAUCAAAGAGGAAUUCUUCAAGAAAAUUUUGCAAGAGCAGACAUGUCUUUACAAUAACCAGCCAACUUCCCUUUGCUUCUUAUUUGCAAGAAAAUUUGCACCUAAUGCUUUGGACCCUCUUUUAGACAUAGCUCCCAAAGCUCUAGGAAUUUGAAGAAUGCUUGGCUUCUUAGCUGCAUCUUUGAAGGAGCGCUGAUUGGAGCAUGUUAGUUAGCUAUCUGCUAACUUCAUUUUAGUCACAUGAUCAUCAUCUAAUCUCCUGCUUUGCAGAAAUUUUGAGUUGCUCUCUCCAGCAUUUAGAUGUGUAGGACAUUGAAUCUAAACCACAUUUCAUUUAAGUAUUAGCCAGAAUAUUGACUAAUACUUUAUUGGAUUACUUAUUAGUUAAAUAAAUAUUGUAGUUAUCCUUUUGGAAUUUCUUACCAUUGACACAAAUUAAUCGUUCUGGCCA